UCUUUGAAGAGGGACUUGGGAUUAGGAGAUGGCACAUAAUACACUGUAAUUUCAGAUAUGCAAAAGGUAUGUCCUUAUCAUAUUUCUGAUUUUUUACAUACUUUCUGUUUUUUUGACUUUUUUUUUUUUUUUUUGCGCAUACAUUCUGGUUUUCAUGUAAUGAUAAUAAAUAGGGACUUGAAUUAGCAACUAGGGAACUUUUACCUUCUUGUGAAGAAAGAAGGUGUGCUAGGCACAUCUAUGCAAAUUGGUCAAAAGAGUGGAGAGGGCUUCAAAGGAAGCAAUUAUUUUGAAAGUGUGCUAGAAGCACUUAUGAGGCAGAAUUUAGGGAAAAUCUGAAAUUACUAGGAAAGCUUGGUAAAGGAAUAGUGGAUGAUUUGUUGUACUAUGAUAAAGAGUUUUGGUGCAAGGUGUUUUUUAACACUGAAGUGAAGUGUGAUGCAAUGGACAAUAACAUGUGUGAGAGUUUUAAUGCUUGGAUUUUGGGAGCAAGGCACAAGACUAUUAUUAGCAUGCUUGAGGAGAUAAGAGUAAAGGUGAUGACAGGAAUAGCUAGGUUAAGUGAAUUUGCAAAUACUUGGAUAAGCAACAUCUCUCCAAUGGGAAUGAAGAUAUUGGAGGAUAAACAAGAUAUCAAGUGAUGGAUGGAAACAAACAACACAUUGUUUGUCUAAGAAAUAGAGUUUGUAGCUGUAGAUCAUGGAGUUUGAAGGGGAUACCAUGUCCACAUGCCAUAUUUGCAAUGCUUUAUAAGCAAUAUGACCCAACUGAAUUUAUUAAUAGCUGCUACAAAAAGAAGAGAUACUUGAUGACAUAUUCUCACUUCAUUUAAUCUCUAAAUAAUAUGUCAUUUUGGCCUGAAUCUGCACAUCCUAUAGUUGUACCAUCAAUGGUCAAACCAAUGUCAGGCAGACCCAAAACAAAUAGAAGAAAAGAGACAAUUGAAACCAAGAAGUCUGGUAAACUGCCUAAAACUGGUAUGGCCAUGAUAUGUAGUCUCUGCCAUAUUAGGGGUCACAACAAAAGAGGGUGUCCUUUGAAGAGAAGUGAUGGAAUAAAUAUUGGUUCAUCAACAAGUAUUGCACAUGAUCAACCUGCUGCAAAUCCAUUAAUUUCAACAAGGGGAAGGGGCAGACCAAAGAAAACAACAACUACUGAAGCUGAGCCUGCUAUAAAGAGGGGGAGAGGCAGACCUAAGAAAACAGCCUGGGCUGCCAAGUCAGAGAAUAGUACUACUAGACCAAGAAAUAUAAUAAGAUCAGCUGAUGUAAUUGAUGAUAUUGGUUUCAAACCAUCAAGUGGACUGAAGUGGAAAGGAACUAAAACAAUCACAACAAGAAGGCUUCAAGAUAUUAGAGAUCAAGCAAGGGCUAAUGGUUCAAACAAUGCAAGCCAAAGCACCACUUCUUCACUGCCAAGAGAUCCAUGGAAGCUUUCGUGUUGAUGUUAAAUGUUGCUUUUGUUUAGCUGGAAAUACUGUAUUUUGUUUAUUUGAAACUACUUAAGACUUGAGACUUUUAAGCUACUGUUUUUUUAUCAUGUUGGUAACUGUCAGAUGUACCAUUUGUGUUGGUUGUUUUGGAAACAAUGUUUUAUCAUAUGAAAUGAUACUGAAUUGAAUUAGUAUUUAUAUUCAAUGUUGAAGUUCUGUUUCACCAGUUC